UAUUUUUGUUUGUAACUAUUCAGGCUGUCGAAAACCCUACAGCUACAGAGAUUCAAGAUGUUUGCUCAGCAGUUGGACUUAAUGUAUUUCUUGAGAAAAAUAAAAUGUACUCUAGAGAAUGGAAUCGUGAUGUUCAAUACAGAGGCAGAGUCCGGGUCCAGCUCAAACAGGAAGAUGGCAGUCUCUGUCUUGUACAGUUCCCAUCACGUAAGUCAGUAAUGUUGUAUGCAGCAGAAAUGAUACCUAAAUUAAAAACAAGGACACAAAAAACAGGAGGUGGUGACCCAAGUCUUCAACAAGGAGAGGGAAGUAAAAAGGGGAAAGGAAAGAAGAAGAAGUGAUCUGUCAUGAACAUCACAGAUACAUGGUCCUACUGUAAGAGACAUGAAUCGAGGCUUCUUUUGUUCACUCCAUUUAACUGAACUAUGAACAUUUGUGCCUCUCAUCCUCAUCAUUGGAGUUAACAGUGAAAUAAAUUUACAUCAAAAGUUUGUGGUUAACUUUUAUGCAGUGUAAUUUUUUGUUUUUGUCUUUCAAUGGGUUCUUGUGGAAGAAAGAAGACUUAAUGGACCAUGGACUUUUCUAUAAGUUACUUGAAAUUCUGUAUUUGUUAUCCUAUUGUCAACAUUUAAUUUCACAUAGUAAGUUUAAUAAGACUUGAAAUACUUGUUUUGUCUUUUAAGUUAAUAAAACAAAAACUUUAAACUGGC